AUGUUCCUCUCGCUUCCCGUCGCAUUGCUCUCUCUCAUCUACCUCACAAAUGCUAGCCCCGAUUUUGGAAUCCAUGGGAAUCUUUGUUUGGCUCCAAAUACCAAUACAUUUCUUAAUUAUUCCCAAUUAAUCAGCGAGGAUCUUUCGGCGGGAAGUUGCAGCCACCACGACCAUGCUGUCCGGAUCCCAAAACCCAAGCCGUGGUCGCGAGAACCACAAUGCCUCACAGAAAAAAGGACAAAUGAAAGCUAUUGCGUAUAUACCAAUGAGAGAUUCGCAAACGGGCGUGGAAUCUCAUUCUUUACAACCCCCUCGAUCGCCGAAAAAGUUAUACAUCUUCCCGCGUUCACAGACCCGAAACUGCACAACCACGUUAACAGAUUCGAUGAUGACCCGUCGUGGGAGAUGAGAAAUGUCCCCGGACGAGGAAACGGACUGUUUGCAACUAGGACUCUGCACAGGGGAGACUUGAUUUUAGCUAAUACGCCAAUGGGCGUUUAUCAGAGCGAUGCUUUCUUCCCGGAUUACGAGCUGGGGUACAAAUACCUUCGGAAGACAUUCGACCAACUGCCCAAGUCGUCGCAAGAGAUAUUCUUGAGAAUGGCGACGCAUUCUCCGGGAGAUGCUGUUAUGGAAAGAAUUAAUACAAAUGCGUUUGCUGGGGACUUUGAAGGCGCCCCGCAUUUUCUUUUAUACCCAGAGACCGCUUCACUAGACAUCAACCUCCUCCAACCCCGCUCCCAGCGCCAAGAACUCUUCUCCUCGAUCUGGGGUUUCACCUGCGCCUGCCGUCUCUGCACAUCCCCCAACUCCCACCUCUCCGACAUGCAUGUCUCGCAAAUCCUCAGUCUCCAAAACACCCUCAUAGUCCCAUCAUCAUCACCCCACACCCACGACACCAACACGAUAUUAACCCCCAGCUCCCAAGCGACCCCAGAAAUGGCAGAGCAGUUACUAGCGCUCUACGAAAAAGAACAUCUGCACGCGGCUCUAGGAACAGGACACUUGCUAGCAGCGCAGGUGUACAACGGCAUCGGGGAUGCGAAGAUGGCGGUGUCGCACGCUGAGAAGGCGGUGGUGUUGGGGAUUGUAGGGACUGUGGAUCCUGAGGGCGAUGUUGCGCAGAUGAGGGAGUUGAUUGGGAAUCCUAGGGGGCACUGGAGUUUUGGGGUCAGGAAGAAGAGGUAG